AUGUCUUCUCGUUUGGAUCCUCUUUGCACUCACUCUCUGAUUGUCGCCGUUCCCUUACCGCAUCUCGCCUUGCCCUCACCGUCGGCCAUCGAUACUUCCGUGUUAUUGCUGUAUGGAGCUCUUCCUCACUGCACAAUGAAAUCGGAAGCUCUUCUUCUCCAUCCAUCUCUCACUGUUGCUGCUCUCGUUGAGGUCGGUGAAACGGGGUUGAUGCUCCAAAUCUUCGCUUCCACGCGAUUCCUUACUGCCGAGUGCAGGCUUUGUUCUUAG